AUGGAUUUCAAAUUAGACCCUAGAGAAAGGAAUAAUCAUUUUGUUGUAAUUAGUAGUGAUGAGUUGAUUUGUGAUACCUACUGGCAGCCUCCUGCAGUGAUAACGGUAGCGUUGAAGGUUGGUAUGCACUGUGAAGCAUGCGCUCAGGUUUUGCGGAAGCGAAUCCGGAGGAUCAAAGACGUUGAGUCGGUAGAAACAGACGUGCGAAAUGAUCAAGUUACCGUAAAAGGAACCGUAGAUCCGACAAAGCUGGUCGAGUAUGUAUACAAGCGAACCGGAAAGCAGGCAACCAUAGUGAAAGAUGAAGAAAGGAAGGAAGAGGAGAAAAAUGAACAAGAGACUAAGAAAGAGAACCAAGUCGAAGAUGAUAAAAAGAGUGACGACAACAAACCAAGUGAGUAUUUUCCAUCAAAGUAUUACUCCGACUUGGACUACCCUCCACAGUUCUUCAGUGAUGACAAUCCAAAUGCCUGCUCUCUUAUGUAAUUUUCGCAAAUGCUACAUUGUAUUUUGUAUUAAG